AUGGUAGCUGGAGACAAGAAAAAGGUGAUGAGCAUGGUCUAUUACGACCUGAUGGACAUUAAAUCGGAUGCUACACCUGAAGAAAUAAAAAAGGCCUAUCGUCGGAAAGCACUUCAGCUACAUCCAGACAAACGUGGCAACACUCCCGAGUCCCAGGAAGAAUUUACACGCAUGAAACAGGCGUACGACGUCCUGUCGGACCCGCAGAAGCGCGAAGUCUAUGACCGAGUCGGUGAAGAUGGGAUCAAACUUAUGGAAGAUUAUGGCAACAUGAGUCCGGAACAAAUGUCCGUCUUACUCUUUCGUUCUAUGGGCGCGCUUGGCGCCAGGGGCAAAUGUUUCCUCAUUUUCUUGGUGUUGCUACUCUUUGCUUUCUUCCUGCUCAUUCCAAUUUUCUGGUGUCUAAGAGCGGACUCGACGAUCUCUUGGAAUUGGGCGGUGGUCUGUAUCCCACUAUGGAUCGUGGAUGGUAUUUAUUACUGCUGCUUGGGCUGCGUGUACGCAUCCCCGAACGCCGCAGCGGAUCAAGAAGAAAAGACACACGAGAAACCAGUGCUCUACAAGCUCUAUGCGUUCCUCAAGGCGCUGCUGCUAUUGGUGCUGCAGGUUUUUCUGGCCUUGAAACUCAACGGAGAUAUUAGGUGGACUCUGAUUGAGGUGCUGAUUCCGUACUUUAUUUACGAAGGUCUGAAUCUGCUGGAAGGACUUGCUGGGGGAGUGUUGGGAUACAACAUGCUCACAAAGAACAGCGAAGGAGCUGGUGUCACACACACCGAGGACAUAAAGAAACAGCGAACUGGUCUGGUUGUCGCUGUGACUAGAAAAUUGGUUUUGAACGUCGCUCGGAUCGCUCAGGCAGUGCUAUUGGGACUCAAGGUGGACGGAAAUCUAGGUGACGCCAGUUGGUGGCUUGUUUUCAUCCCCGUGUGGCUCUACGUCGCAUUCUUUGUCUCGUUCCCCGUUCGGAAGUAUUUCCGUGCCAAGGCGAAGGCAAACAAGCCUGAGUCUUCUUCGUCGAAAGAGCAGCACACACAUGACGCCUACACGCGCGAGUCAGUAAUCGAUGACGAGGCUGUGUCCAAAUUUCCGCUGUGUGAUGCACUCUGUACGAUCGUCGUCAUUUGCGCGCUCAUGUCUCCAUUUUUUAUUCUAUCGGCAAGACUGCAAGACGGCUCGUUUUCCAGUAUCUACGUGUUGUUGCCUUGGCUUAUUGUGGUCGGACUCGUGUUUUGCUUUAUUUGCUGUGCGAUUUCUUGCGUCGGCUUCCGCGACCCUGAGGAUGGUGGAGCACCCGAGCAAGCUUCAGCGGAAAGCGUCAGAAACGCACCAACGGGUGAGGAAGGUGCGACUGCACGUGCAGAUUACGUAUCUGUCGAUAUGGAUUGA